AUGCUUGCCUACUUUGUUCCAUUGGCAGCUUUCCUGCCCACCAUCCUUGCCUGCCCUGAUCACUCCAGCUCUGCUUCCAACGCCAUCUACAAGCGUCAGGACGUUCCUGAUACCGGAAAUGGCCAGUGGACUACUCGGAACUCCAGCUCCAGGGACUGGGCAUACGAGGCUUCCUAUGACUGGGGCCGCAUCAGUCCCGACUAUGAGCUCUGCCAGACCGGCACCCAACAAUCUCCCAUCAAUCUGAAUACCGCCGCCUUGGGCAACAAGGUCCACACCCCGUACUUCACCGGCUACAAGGGCACGUGGGCCGGUCAGUACUUCAACUGGGGCUACGGCUCCGCCUUCAGCCUCGACCGCCCGGAGGGCGAUUACUCGCAGCUGCCGUCGAUGGAGUUCGACAACCAGACCGUCUACAUGGUCGGCUGGCACAUCCACGCCCCUGGCGACCACCGCAUCGACGGCAAAACGACCAGGGCCGAGCUGCACCUGGUGCACGUCGACGCCGAGGGCCACGAGAAGGCCGUGCUGGGCUUCAUGAUGGACCCCACCGGUGGCCUCGACGACACGACCUACAACUCGAGCUUCAUCGACCAGCUUCCCUCGCCCAUGCUGCACUUCAACGAGACCAACCGCCAGCUCGCCAUGGAGAUGCGCUUCGACCUCGCCCUCGACGAGGUCAACGGCUUCGACGACUUCUGGACCUACAAGGGCAGCUUGACCAGCCCGCCCUGUCACGAGGGUCUCCGCUGGUUCGUCGCCAGGGACAAGAUGCUGACCAGUGUGCCUCAGAUGCGCGAGAUCCUGCGCGUCAGCACCUUCUCUGCCCGCCAAAUCCAGCAGGAGUGGCUGCACGGUGUCAAUGUGUAG